GGGGAGGGUGGCGCGCGCGCUGAGGGGCUGCUAGCGGUCUCUCGAGUGGGCUAGAGCGUGGCCGCGGCUGCUCGCUCCGGACGGCCGCACCAUGGCGGAGGAGGAGCUCGAGGCGCUGAGGAAGCACAGGUUGGCCGAGCUACAGGCCAAGCACGGGGACCCUGGCGAUGUAGCACAACAGGAAGCGAAGCAAAGGGAAGCAGAAAUGAGGAACAGUAUCUUAGCCCAAGUUCUGGAUCAGUCAGCCCGGGCCCGAUUAAGUAACUUAGCACUUGUAAAGCCUGAGAAAACUAAAGCAGUAGAGAAUUACCUUAUACAGAUGGCACGGUAUGGACAACUAAGUGGGAAGGUAUCAGAACAAGGUUUAAUAGAAAUCCUCGAAAAAGUAAGCCAACAAACAGAAAAGAAAACAACAGUUAAAUUCAGCAGAAGAAAAGUAAUGGACUCUGAUGAAGAUGACGAUUAUUGAAUUUAAGACGUCUAGAGACUGGAACUUAAUGGAGCAGUUCUAGGACAGAUAAAACACUUGGCUGAAGUUCAGAUCUCGAUGGGAUGUUUACUUUGUUUACUGUCUAUAUGCCUUUUAAAAAUAAACUUGUUAUGCAAAAUAAAACAAUUUGGACAGACUUGUUUUAAAACCAUAGCAGAAUGAACAGAAGACCUGCAUUUUCAAUUUUUUCCUUUCCUAUCAAAAGCUUUUGAACAUGUGUAGCAGCAUGAAUUGUAAUUGUGACAUUAGUGUUAGGUGGGAAAGUGGCCUUAGCAGAAAUAGAAGCUGCUCAAUCAUCUUCAGUAAAAAGAAGAUAGCAGUGUCCAGUAACAUCAUGGGAUUUAAGACUCGUGGAUUAAGCUGAGUCAACUUUAAUAUUUCCAAGACAUAGGUUCUGAAAGCAGGUAAGCUAUUUUUCUUCCUGAAGAUAGUUACUUACAUUUAAUGUGGGAAAAUUCCUAGCUUCGGUUUCAUUUAUAAUAUGCUUUUCAAAGGCAUUGAGACUAAAUUAUCUAACAAAUAUGACCCCUAUCCAAACAACCUCUGUAACUAGAGGAUACAUCCAUUGGAAAAAAAUUACCAAAAUAACUGAGACAUGCUGGUAAUAUACUUCAACACUAGUAAACAUGUUUGUAAGAGAAAUGAUUUAUAAUGAUUCAGAUCCAGUUGAGACAGUUUAGUGGUUAAACAUUUUGGUAGAAAUGUUCUGGGUCUUCACUGAUAAGGUUGCAGGUAACUUAAAUGUCAUCUCUUGGGACUUUCCCUGGUGGCGCAGUGGUUACGACUCCGUGCUCCCAAUGCAGGGGGCCCGGGUUCAAUCCCUGGUCAGGAAACUAGGUCCCACAUGAAUACUGCAACUAAGAGUUCGCCUGCCACAACUAAGGAGCCCACCUGCUGCAACUAAGACCCAGCGCAACCAAAUAAAUAAAUAUAUUUUUUAAAAAUGUCAUCUCUUAUAUUGUGCUUUACUCCCACCAGGUUAUGAAAAACUGCUCAUAAAUUUAAAUCGUAAACUUAACUCUAGGAAGUUCCCUGGCAGUCCAGUGCCUAGGACUCGGCACUUUCACUGCGGUGGCCCGGGUUCAAUCCCUGGUCAGGGAACUAAGAUCCCGCAAGCCGCACAGCACAGCCAAAAAUAAAUAAAUAAACUGAACUCUCAAGUGAGCUGUUUGGUGUAAACUUGUAGAUAGAUGUCUUAGUCCUGGGAGGCCUAGCCCUGGAGGAAGUUCAUAACAUUUAAUGAGAUGAAUAGGAUUAGUAGCAGGAAAGUGAUGGGAAAUGUGGUUUACAAUCCCAAUCUCUGCUUUAGCUAGCACACUGCUGAUACAUGUUUAAAUUGUAUUUGAGAUUUUACUAUGUUUGAGACUUGAAAUUUGU